CUCCGAACUUAAUCAGAAAAUUCUGAAUGAAAGCAUGAAACCAUAAUCCCGAAACCCACACGGCCAUCCCAUCACAGGUAUGCUUAGACUUCGCAGCGUUUUGAUUCUUUUGAAAUUGAAUACACUUCAAUCUAAAAGAUUUGAAGCCCUAAGUUCAUUCAACAGUUUUCACCACGAUUCCUCGAACCAAUCACAAUUCAAUGUCGCAAUUUUCUGGGAUUUAGACAACAAACCCCCAAAUUCAUAUCCACCGUACGAUGCUGCCGUUAGACUGAAGGCGGUGGCCUCAUCUUUCGGCGUAGUCCGCUACAUGGUUGCCUAUGCCAAUCGCCAUGCCUUCAGCUAUGUCCCAUCUGCAGUUAGGGAGCAAAGAAAAGAGAGAAAGCUAUUGAAUCAUUUGGAGAAUAGGGGUGUGGUUGCACGUGUUGAACCCUAUCUAUGUCGAGUAUGUGGGAGGAGAUUUUACAAUAAUGAGAAGCUUAUCAAUCAUUUUAAGCAAAUUCAUGAGCGUGAGCAGGCAAAAAGGUUGAACCAGAUUGAGUCAGCUAGAGGAAAAAGGAGGGUGAAGUUGGUGGGUAAAUUUGCGAUGAAGAUGGACAAAUAUAGGAAUGCAGCGAGGGACGUUUUGACGCCGAAAGUUGGGUAUGGUUUAGGGGACGAGUUGAAACGAGCUGGGUAUUGGGUUAGGAUGGUUUCGGAUAAGCCGCAGGCUGCCGAUACUGCAUUGAGGAACCACAUUGUGGAUAUGAUGGAUAAGAGGAGGGUUGGGUGUGUAGUCCUUGUAUCCGAUGAUUCCGAUUUUGUGGAUGUUUUGAGGGAGGCGAAGUUGAGAUGUCUCAAGACUGUUGUUGUUGGAGAUAGCAAUGAUGGGGUUUUGAAGAGGACAGCGGAUGCUGGAUUUUCAUGGAAGGAAGUCAUGUUGGGUAAGGCAAAGAAGGAGGGUGCUUCAGUUGUGGGGAGGUGGAAGGACCGCGAUAUUUUAAAGAGGUUGGAGUGGACAUACAAUCCAGAAAUGGAGAAAAAAGAGUAUGGUUCGGAUGGUGAGGUUGAUUUUGAGAUUGACGAUAGGGAAAUCAUAGAAGGUGCUUAUGGGAAAGAUGAUAAUUUUAUGCAGGAGAAAGACAGUUGUGCUUGGUGGGAACUGGAUUCUGAUUCUGAUUUGAGAUCUUCUAAAUCUCACUGAGUAAUUUUUCAUUGUUACAUAUUGCGUUUGAGUUUGUGGCUUGAGAAAGUUCUGUUACUUUUUCUUGGCAAGGCAUUGGUGAGAGUUUGUAUGAAGGGAACCAAAGAAAAUGAAUAUUAUUUUAGAUUCCUCAUGUUGUGGCUUCACAGGCACGGAAGAGGGAUGGAUGGAGAGGCUUGCCUUCUAUUUACUAUGUUUCUUCUUGAAAGAGACCUUGUAAGGAAACCUGUUUCUCAACCCCAUCCUAGAUCUCUUGUUACAAUCUCUGUCAUAUUCCAGAUCUCUUCUUUGGGCUUGCAUGUGAGCUUAAUAAAAGGAGGAAAUAAAUAAGUGGUAAGGUUUCUAUUCCCAGGAGCAGCAUAAUCAUUCUUGCCAAUCUACUGCCUGAGCUUUCAACAGCAGAAGUAGUCUCACCACAUGUCUCUGACUUUUCACUGGUACCCAAAUUUUCAUCUGCCUGUCAGUUUCCUGAACAAUAACAAAGUGACAUCUAAAUUCAGGAUUUGUUGUGGUGUAUGAAGGCACCCUGAUGGAAUUCUAAUGUUUUUAAUUUGUGGAUAGUCUAUUGUUCCUUUUCUACAUAGGCAUGGAUCUCUAGUUUGGAGGAUCCACAAUUCAAUUUCACUGUGAGGGGCAAAGGUCUCUCUAGUAGAAGUAUUUAGUUGUAGUUCAGAACUACUAAGAAUAAUCUUAUCUCAGUGAUUAUAACCUUACUCAUGUACCACAUCUUUUGGGAGGUUGAAAGUGAAAAUCAAAGACACUGCCAAGAUGUGCUAGACUAUUCUUGGAGUUUCUUACUUUCCCUGACUGGGUCAGAAGGUAAACUUUCGGUUUCCAA